GCUUCACGCGUUAUGCUGUAUUUGACUUUUGCAAUUUCUUUUUCUGAGCAAUUCUUUUCCGAAACCCUAGAAAACCAAUUCUGAUUGAAAAGAUGCAGCAGUCAAACGAAGAAUUCGUCAAGUUUCUUGGAGAAGGCGCUUACGGCUACGUUAACCUAGUCCGCUACACUAAUCCCGACGACGGCUCUUCGUUUCUCUCCGCCAUCAAGAACUCUUACGACGCAGACUACGACAGUCUCCGAAGAGAGUUAGAGAUUCUUGUCCAACUCAGGGGAUCUCCAAGAAUCGUUAUGUGUCUCGGAGACUCUCUUCAACAAGGUCUCAGCAGUUACGGUAACAAAGUCCACAAACUGCAACUCGAGUACGCUUCCGAAGGUAGCUUAAACGCUUUCUUGGAUCGUUACCCCGACAGAAAGUUGCCGGAGCCGACGGUGCUCGAUUUUGGUUCUAUCACGUUGAUUAAAGAUUUCACCCGGAUGAUUCUUGAAGGUUUGGUCUCGAUUCACGGACAUGGUUAUGUUCAUUGUGACCUCAAACCAGACAAUGUACUCGUCUUCCCUUCUUGUUCUUCGAGACAAGAUUCAUCAUCGUACGAGAUCAAGAUUUCUGAUUUUGGCAACACGCUGGAGGUAGGAGAGGUUCCUCUGGUCUGGGAAACUGAUUAUCCGUGGGUGGGGACUCCCAUCUACAUGCCUCCCGAGUCUGUCCGUGAUGGCGUGGCCAAAAAGUCUCUAGAUUUGUGGUCGUUGGGAUGUUUGGUGCGGGAGAUGUACACGGGUGUGAUUCCUUGGGAAGGCAUUGAACUAGAUGAUAUCGCUACUCUUCUCAUCUGUGGUGAAGCUCCAUGGAUACCUGAGUGUUUACCUUCCGAUGCUAAGGCUUUUAUCCAAACGUGCUUCUCAAGUGACCCUGAGGACAGAGGAAGCGCUUACGAGUUGUUGUUUCAUCCGUUUUUGCCUCGUCCUGAACUGUUGAAGUUGAGAAUCAGGGGAAGAAGUUUGAAGAGGAAGAAACCAACUAAGGACGCUCUUGCUGUUUCAGAUAAGAAGCCUCUGAAGUUGAGGUUUUUCCCCACAAAGGCCCAACAGUUCAAGAGAACUCUGAACAAAGUCUUGAGGUUGAAGGCUAUUCCCAUGAAGAUAUCGUCUGACUUCAAUUUAGUUUCUGUGCAUUAGUGUUUUAGUUUCUCUGUUUAGGUUGUAGUUUCUGGUUGAUUAAGGUUUAGCAUCUCUGUUUAGACUGUAGUUUCUGUUAACGUUUAGUAUCUGAUUGGUAUGUAGACUGUAGGGUCUGUUGAUAGUAUCUCUGUUUAGGUUUUAGUUUAACUUUGGUAUCUGAUUAGUAUGUAGACUGUAGUUUUCUGUUGAUUAAAGUUUGGUAUGUAGUUUCUGUUGAUUGACUUUUAGUAUCUCUGUUUAGUUUGUACAUUCUCAUGUCUCAUUACAACAUUAACUUUAAGUAUAGCUGUUUAGUAUGUUGAUUCUGUUCAUUAAGUCUUAGUAUCUUUGCUUAGUAUGUAGUUUCUGUUCAUUAUCGCUGUUUAGUAUGUAGUUUCUGCUCAUUAUCGCUGUUUAGUAUGUUGAUUAUGAUUCACUAACUGUUUAGUAUCUCUGUUUAGUAUGUAUCUCAGGUCUCAAAUAUGUAUGUUACCACAUUAUAACUGUCAAUAAAAUAGUUCUUUUCCAUUUGGUUUUCUCGCUAUACAUAGUUCUCCUCUCUGCAAACCCCAUUCUUUAUCUUUCUACAGUGGUUACUGGUUAGCAAUCGAAAAGCAUCUUUUAAUACACUUGAAAAGAAACGGUUUAUGAAUGGUCUUUAGCUUAUCAUCAUCUUCAACCCUAAAUAAACCAAAAUUGGAACAAGCUUUUACAACCUAACAACAAAGUUCCCUUUAUUCGAAAACUUUCUAGUCUGGUUUGGUCUGUCUAUAUGUGUUUAAUUCAUAUACAGAUAGAGAGCAUUAGGACCUUUGCGUUUCCAG